CAUUACCAACAUCGGUCGGUCGCCAUUACGAUUUUCUUUCGCGAGUCGCGGAUUCUCAGCUCGGUCGGGCCGUGAAAAAAAGGAAGCGAAUGUCGCGAGUGCCGUGGAAUAAAUUUGUGCCGUAGUGGGGAGCAGUGGAAGCCAACAUUAUUGGGAAUAUGGUGCUGGUUAGAAGAAACUGGCAAAUUAGUGCGUCACCGUCGAGAUGUGAAAAAUCGUGGAGCAAAAGUGCAAGUGAAUCGCAACAUCAAAAAAUGCGACCCUAAAAAAAGUAAAUUCCGCUCGUACCCGCGAUGAAACCAGUGGCAAAGUGCGUUACGAUGAAGCCCGGCCCCGAAGGUGGCCAAAUGUUGUCGGAUAGUGCAGUGUCAGAGGGAGAGGAAAAGUUCAGUGGCAGCAAUAAUAAUAGUGUUUUGAGUGGUGGCGCAGCGAAAACAGAACCCUCCAAGGGUGGUGCGGAAGUGGCCACUGCUGGCAGUCGGGCCGGGAUUAAAACAACAAACCUAUCGGCCGUGCUGUCUUCCGGUUGCUGCGGGGUUGGUCCGUACUCGGUGGCCACCACGGUGGAAAGUAAAACGAAAAAGACGAUGGUUGUGGUGGAAGUGACCACUGCAGGAAGUGCAGGAGGAGAAGGUGCAGAAGCAGUGGCAACAGCGGCUGUCACGCAGAAGGGUGAAAAGGCGUCGAAAAAUCACGUAGACACUACGAGUGCUGGCGGUGGCAACGGUGGGAGCAGUGCCGCGAAAACGACGUCGUUCUCUAAAAAUAAUGAUAAAUGCGACACACCGGCGAAGGAUAUCAUCGUGUCAUCAUCCCGAGCUGAUAAUGAACCUUUCCGAAGUCAUAAGAAGAAGAAAAGCAAAGAUAAAGAUCGCGAUCGUGACAAGGAUCACAAAAAACGUCGCCACUCAAGUGAGCACGGUGGAGGUGUUAGCAGCAGUAGUUCGGCCAUCCGGUCGAGCUCGAGUUCAACCCCGAAGGACAAAUCCUCCAGCAGCAAUUCGUCAAUCCAAAACAAAGAGAACCAACACCACCAUCUACAGCACAAGAUGGAUAAACCGGAAAAGGUCGACUUUCCGGUCCAAGAACUACCGAUCGAAACCAAUCCCGCUGCAUUGCUCAGUAGCCCCGGAGGACUGUCGGCCCCGGCAGUUGCAGCGGCGGUAGCCGUGGCAGCCGGUUCUCCCAUUCCCUCCAUCAAUCUGCUUUUGAAUCUGGAACGAAGUAACAGUGAAAACAGCACCAUCAAGAAGCAGGACGUUUUCAUCAAGAAAGAGUAUAAACCCCUGAAACCGGAGAAAUCGCGCGAAGAUGUUACUCGAGCGUUGAAUUUCGGCGAAGCCAAUGGCCCCGUCAACACCAGCAGCACCAGCACUAGCAGCAUAAGCAGCACCACCAGCAGCAAUAGCACCAGUGCUACCGGCAGUACAACUAACUUAACUAGCAAUAAGAACACUAACAUUUUGAUAAAGAUCGAGUCACCCAAAAAUCUUGACGACAAGUUGACGGUGGUCAAGAAGGAACUUCUGUCCGACGUUGUCAUGACGCCGGAAAAGCUGGUCAACGGAGGCGUCGUCACGGUUCCCCCCGUGGCAUUACCCAUAAAACAGGAAUCCACGGCUGAAAGAAGUACAUCGCACGAGCACCACCACCAGCAUGGCCACAAAUCGUCAUCUCAGCUUGGAAGUAGCUGCAGCAGCAGCAAGCUCUCCAGUUCUUCUUCGUCCACUUCGGUGCACAAGAGUAGUAGUAGCAGCAGCAGGGAAUGUUCGCGCUGCUACAAGCGUUCUAAGAUCAAACGGGCCAACAUCGGGAUUCAGUGCAAACGAGACAAGGUGGAAUAUCCUUUGGGCAGUGGCGAAGUAGUACCGGCUGAACCGUGCGCUCGGAUAGCCACGGCUAAUCGUGACAUGAACUGUCACCGGAAAGGAAUGGAACACCUCAAGUAUGGACGAUUCAUGCGAAUAGAGGUGCAUCCGAAUGGUGGGGCAUCGGUCGUGCACAUGUAUCAGGAUGAAAUCAGCGUCCUUUCGGAAACCGAAAUGGAGGAACUGGUGAACGAGUUCUUCGAGGUGUGUUUCAGCGAGGAUGAAGAUGGGUAUGCCGACCACGUGAUGGGCAUCGUGCAUAAUGCAGCCGAGUACCUGCCGGACCUGUUGGAACACAUGGCGGAGAACUAUGCGAAUUUGACGGUGAAGGCGGGAGUGCUGGGCCGAAAUUCUGACAUCGAAACGUGCACCAUGUUUCAGUACAAUGAGCAGGUUGUAAAAAACUACUCCCAAGGAACGGUGCGGUACGGACCGCUCCACCAGAUCAGUUUGGUAGGAAAAGUUCACGAGGAGGUUGGAGGCUAUUUCCCCGAUCUGCUGAAACGGCUCGAGCAGAACCCAUUCCUCAAUAAGGCAAUGCCAUGGGGAGAGUUAUCAAUUGUACAGAUGGAUCCGCGAUUGUCCAACGAUGGGCCGAUAUUGUGGAUCCGACCCGGUGAACAGCUGGUUCCAACAGCUGAAAUCAACAAAACACCAAUGAAGAGGCAAAGAACUCGAAUCAACGAGCUACGAAAUCUGCAAUAUCUACCGCGGCUGUCGGAGGCCCGUGAAACAAUGAUUGACGACCGUACGAAGGCGCAUGCCGAUCACGUCGGUCACGGCCACGACCGAAUGACCACAGCCGCUGUUGGGGUCCUGAAAGCCGUUCGCUGUGGAAUCCCGGACGAGCUGAACCGCAUUACAAAAGAUGUGGUAGCAUUCGACGCCCAUUGCUUCCCUCACCUGGUGGAGAAACUGCAGCUGGAUUUGCACGAGCCGCCGAUUUCGCAGUGCGUCCAGUGGGUGGAGGACGCCAAACUCAAUCAACUGCGGCGCGAGGGAAUCAAAUACUCGCGAAUAUCGCUGUACGACAACGAUAUCUAUUUCCUGCCGCGAAACAUCAUCCACCAGUUCCGAACGGUGACGGCAGUGACCAGCAUAGCUUGGCACCUGCGACUGAAGCGCUACUAUCCCGAUCAGGAGAUCGUGCAGGAGAUCGCCAAUGGGUAUGAAGUGGAUCCGCCGCACUACAAGGAGAAGCAGACGAUCCUACCGCACCCCAUUUCGGCGGAAGAGAAAAAGAACACCCCGGUCAAGCGAACACACGAUGGCAAACCAAAGAAGGCGGAAAAGAAGGAUUUAGGCGUGGUUUCGACGGCUGCAGUUGCAGUUGUUGAAGCUACGACUGAGACAGUAGUGGAAGAGCCAAAGUUGGAGAAGAUUGAGGUGGAGAAGCAGGCACUUCUAGAGGCCAAGAUCGACAUGCGGAAACUGGUGAGGGAUGACAAACCAAUCAAAAAGAGCAGUUCGAGUCACAAACACUCAUCGUCCUCGUCUUCGCAUAAGCAUCAUAGCAGUAGUAGCAGCAAAAAAGAUAGACAUCGUUCUAAUGGAGAACGUGAUAAGGAUAGGGACAGGGACAAAGACAAACAUCGGGAAAGGGAGAAGGAUCGGGAAAGAGACAGGGAUAGGGACAGAGAUCGUGACAGAGAUAAGCAUCGUAAGCAUUAUUCCUCUUCGAGUAAGUCAUCUAGUUCUUCGUCGAAGCAUGUCUCGAGUGAGGAUCGGAAGCGGAAAUUGUCGUCAUCCUCUUCGGAACGUCAUCCGCAUAGUGCUAGUAGCAGUCGAAGAGAAUCGACUUCGAGUGUGACAAAAGAGAAAGAUAUAAGCGCUGGUCUGGUACCGGCAGUUCCAUCAGUCGCAGCCGAAAUUGAAAUCGAGCAUGUCGGCGACGUUCCAGGGCACGGUCAAGUGAUAUUAGAUGAUACAACGAUCCAAGCAUCAGCACUCAAUAGCAAUUACGAGUCUGUGAUAAACUGUAACGAAGAAGCUAAGCUUACGGUGGCAAUGGAAACCACAAUUUCGGCCGAGGGUGAUGAGAUCAGUACGGAGACGUUGCUGAUGUUGAAAACUGAAGAGGAAAUCAUCACAACAACCAUCGUGGACGAUGACCAACAUCUCCAUGCAAUGCCUGUCGAACAGCAUUGUGAAGUGCUGUCCGCCUCUAAUCAGAUGCAAAUCAAUCCCACACCUCCUCUACCGCCUCCACCACCACUCGUUGAAGUAGCCCCACCAUUACCUCCACUACCAUCCGUACCGAUUCCGCCGGAAAGCUCCAGCAAGGGAUUUUACAGUCAUAACCCCAGCGGCGAACAUCAGCAUUCGUCGACACCAAAGAUGAAGAAAAGUAUUCAACUAUCGUCAUCAGUCGUUACGAGCACCAAUCACGCGAGCAGCAGCAGUACCGGACAAACCCCGAAACAUUCGUCGUCUAAAUCUGGUGGCUUAGCAACACCUUCCAAAAAGUCCAGUGACCUGCUUAGUUCCAUCAUGGCAAGCAUGGAGAGCACGCCGAAUCGCAAUGCAACCAAUUUCUAAGCGUUUGUUUUCGUCUAAACGUUUCUCGUCGAACGUUUGUGUUUCGUCCGUUUUGUUCCCUACCUUGAGGGCAAUGUUUUUACCAGUUCUCAGUGUUCCCGCAGCUUCACGCACUUUUCUUUUUCUUACUAACGCGAGGUGUAUCGUUUGUUUCCUGCAAAGGAGGAAAGUUGUGCUUACACCUUAUACUUAACUAAAAAGUUGUACAUUGUAAGAUGUAAUGUUUAGAUAAUCAGUUAUAAGUUAAAAUUGGACAUAAAUUUUAUCGAUUCGUCAACAGUA